UCUCGGUGCGCACUUAUCUCCCACAGUCCAACAAUGGUAGGUACUAGGUAGGGACCCCCAGCACAGUAUUUCAAAAAUGGGAAUUUUGAGAUUCCAAAUUCUGAAAUGGGCGUUGGGAUUCCCUCCACCUCAGUUUAGACUGUGGGAUGUGUGUUGAUGUGAGCUGUAUGCAUCAGGUGGACUAUAAAAUAAUCAGUUAGAGAACAUCUCUGUAAGCAUAGAAAACUAUCAUCUCCUCCUCUCUUUCUCCCUACUUAGACCUGUACUUAGUCUGCAGAUUAGAUCAUCUUACACAACCAGCUUACUGGGUUCCAUUUCAACGGCUACGAUUCGUCGGUCUGAAUUUCAAACUUGCUUAUACAACCCACAUCUUGGAGUGGAAGAAAUACAUGAUCUAUUGUCAAAGAAGCCUAACUUACACAACCCACAUCUUGAAAUCAAAGAGAUACUCCAUCGCAUUCUAUCGGUGGGGAUUGGUGCAUCGGCGUACUAGCUAACUUACGCGACCCACAUCUUGAAAUUGAAGAAACAGUUGAUCUUGAUUCGGCGGAUUUGGGUGUCCAUCAGACAAGAUUAUAUACACAACCUAGGUCUUCGAAAGGAAGAAAUAAUUGGAAAAAAUCCCAUUUGAGGCAGUAAUGGGAUUGGAGGCGAAUUGGAUUGCUUGAAAAGUCCCUUGCAUUUCACUCAUGGAAUGAACUUGAAUUCCUGGGGUUGGGGAGGAGUCCAAUGCAAGAAAAAGAGGAAAGGAGAGAAUAGAAAGGUGGGGAAACGGUUGGCUUGGGUUUAAAGGGAAAGGGCCACAAAACAAAGUUCAAGUGCACCAUAUUAGAAUACAAAGCUUCUUUUUUUUUUUUUUAAUUUUUUUUUAGGUGGGCUCAAACAGACCUAAGAAAAUUGGAGGUGCAAUCAGUUUAGUAGUUUGAAUUGCACCAUCUAACCGCUCCAAACCACUCCUCAAUACUCUCUCUCUCUCUCUCUCUCUCUCUCUCUCUCUCUCACCAAACUUGGAAAGCUCUUACCUUUCUACACGUAAAAUCAUUCAAGCUUGCUAACAAAGCCAACAACACCUAAUAUAACAAACCACUUCACUUCAUGGUUUCUGGCCCAUAACACCUCUCUCUCUCUCUCUCUCUCUCUCUCUCUCUCUCUCUCUCUCAUUCAUGAAAGGAUGAAAGAUCGAAUGGAAAGGCUGGCGGUUCUUCCCUUUUCCAUGGGAUGUGUCUCACAUUCGAGCGUCGCCGUAGGCGAAAGCAAUCCCAAGAAAAACAAGGCGGAUCCAAUUCCAUCUUCAGCAAGAGAAAGAGAGUGUGUGAAUGGUGUGAAAAUGAAGAAUUCAGUUGGGUUGUUUCCUCUUCCAAGACCUACUCUCAUCUCUGCUGGCUUCGUGAGAUUGUUCAAGUCAUUCUCUCACUUCUUUGUAUACAAGGAAGAAGAGACUGGAGAGAUGGAGAUGGAGAUUGGAUUUCCAACAGAUGUGAAGCAUGUGUCACACAUAGGAUGGGAUGGGUCCACCACCACCAUGAACAUGAAGAGUUGGGAUGCCCUCAAAGCUCCUGAGAUGCUCUCUCUACCGUCCAUCUCUCUUAAGCAGUUUGAGCUUGCCAUGUCUGCUCAAGCAGAAGCACCUCUUUCCAAUGCCCAUUUAUCUGUUAGGCCUACUUAAUGAUGAUGAUGAUCACAUUGGUGGGCCUCUGUCAAAAAUUGUAUAGUUUAUGAUUUGAUAUGACUUACUACAUUUUAGAUGAUUCAAUGUAAUACAAAUAUGUUGACACCAACUGAUUCCCACCUUUGAUCACAGUGGGCCAUGGGUGGGUCCUACAGUGGAUGGUACAUGGUUCCCACACCACCCUCAUGGGAUAUCACACCCAUUCAGAUAAAGGCCUGAAAAAUGGAUGGUAAGACCAAUUUUACUCUCA